CAUGAUACAGCCUCGCGAGAUUUCCGUGACUGCUAACGUUAACUAGCUUGCUGUGUCAACCACAGUGACACCGGUCGUGGUGAUCCAGCUACAGCUGCAGCGGUGCCUUCGGCGUUCUAAUUCAUAACGGGAAAAUCAAAAACUACACCCACAGAGAGGUGCUGUCUGUCGGCUUGAAGCGCCGUCACCGCCCCUCGGACUGUCCGCGGCUCACGUCCCUUAAUCGUCCAGGUAUCAUCCAGCCCCAUCCAGCCCCAGUGUGGAUCUUUAGCCUUUCCAUCAGGACAGUGGCAGAGGCAGAGCCAGAGCCAUCGGGGACCAGACCAGCUGGCAGCAGGGCUCCAUGAGCACGACGGGGCAGCAGCAAGGGGGGGGCCUGCGUUCUCGCCGAGGCCUUGGCCGGGACAAGGACCCUGGGCAGGGCAUGGGCAUGGAGGCGGCCUGCUGGCUUGCCCCCGGAGUGCUGCGCAGGCUGAUUGAGCUGCCCUCACCCCCCCUGUCCAGACACCAGCUCAAGAGACUGGAGGAGCACAGGUACAGCAGUGCAGGACGCUCCCUGCUGGAGCCUCUGAUGCAGCGUUACUGGGAAUGGUUGGUGGGACGAGUCCCUUCCUGGAUUGCCCCCAACCUCAUCACCAUCAUCGGCCUGGCCACCAAUGUCUUCACCACCCUUGUGCUCGUCUACUACUGCCCAACUGCCACUGAGCAGGCUCCUCUCUGGGCGUACCUGCUGUGCGCGGUUGGUCUGUUCAUCUACCAGUCGUUGGACGCCAUUGAUGGGAAGCAGGCCAGACGCACCAAUAGCAGCUCUCCGCUGGGUGAGCUGUUUGACCACGGCUGCGACUCCCUCUCCACCGUGUUUGUGGUGUUGGGAACCAGUAUAGCAGUGCAACUGGGCACCAACCCGGACUGGAUGUUCUUCUGCUGCUUCGCUGGGAUGUUUAUGUUCUACUGUGCCCACUGGCAAACAUACGUGUCAGGAACACUGCGGUUUGGCAUAUUUGACAUAACAGAGGUGCAGAUCUGUCUAGCAGGAUUACAGAUGUUCACAUCCACUGUGGGUCCGGGCCUGUGGAACACGAUGAUUCCGAUCCUAAAUAUCCAGAUGAAAAUGGUUCCUGCCAUCUGCACUUUUUUAGGAGCCAUCUUCUCCUGCACCAAUUACUUCAGAGUUAUUUUUACGGGAGGUGUGGGCAAAAACGGAUCCACAAUAGCAGGAACCAGCGUCCUCUCUCCAGUCUUGCAUAUUGGUUCAGUUAUAAUUCUGGCGAUGAUGAUAUACAAGAAGUCUGCUGUCCAGCUCUUCGAGAAACAUCCGUGUCUUUAUAUCCUGGCAUUCGGCUUCGUCUCUGCCAAAAUCACCAAUAAAUUAGUUGUAGCACAUAUGACAAAAAGUGAAAUGCAUCUUCACGAUUUAGCCUUCCUGGGACCAGGACUACUGUUCCUGGAUCAGUAUUUCAAUAGUUUUAUUGACGAGUACCUGGUGCUUUGGAUUGCGUUGAUCAUUUCCUUGUUUGACUUGGUGCGCUACUGUGUCAGUGUUUGCAACCAGAUUGCCUGCCAUCUUCACAUUUUUGUUUUCAAAAUCAAGCCUUGUUCAGUCCUCAGUUCAGCUCCUCACUGAGGACACGCCGGCCAUUAAUGACUCUGUCCCUACCUGUUAGUCGCACUCAUCUUUUCUUCCCUCUGUUUUCCACGUAGAGAUGCAGGGGAUGACGUGGUGUAAAGUAUGUGCUUCUGCCAAUUGAAUGUGAGGACAAAUAAUAUAUAUUAAGAUACUGGAGUAUUACUGUCAUUGUUUUCUUUUUCACCAGUGCAGAAUUGAAUUUGUACCAGUUUCAUCUUUUGCCCCGGUAACAAUAAUUCUUCUUCUGACAAACUCAUAGUGAAACAGAGCAAAUAUUUCAGGAGAGUACAGGUGCUACUCAGUGUGUUCAAGAGGAGAAACUCAAGUGUGUUUUAACUGUUCAUGUGCAAGAAAAUGUAUAGGAAAUGAAUGAAACUCUUUGCUUUUCAUGAUUAUAAUUUUUGUAAUAUUUGCAUAACUUUACCUUUUGCUAUUGUAAAUACCAAACCAUUACCAUGUCUAUGCUUCUCUUUUAAUUUAAAAAUCCUGCUUUGACACAUUUAUAAAACCUUCCUUCAUGUAUAUGAUUUAAAAAAAAAAAAAAA